CAGUAACUUCUUUUCCUUGGCUUCUUUGGGGGCUCUAUAAAUAGCAUUUUUUUGCCCAAGAAAACUCCGUCCAUUGCAGUCUGCGCCAACCAUUCAAUUCCUCUUCUCCCUAUCCCGUAAUCUUUUCCCACCAAAGCCAGAGCUGCCCAUUUCUUCUCUUGGAACCAGUCUUAUCUUUGCAGAGUUUUAAGCACUUUUAAGAAUGGGAAGCGCGGGAGAAACUAAUUAUGGAGCCUACACCUAUGAAGCCCUUGAAAGAGAACCUUACUGGCCAUCGGAGAAGCUUAGGAUCUCCAUCACUGGGGCUGGUGGCUUCAUUGCUUCUCACAUUGCCCGUCGCUUGAAGACGGAGGGCCACUACAUUAUUGCUUCGGACUGGAAGAAAAAUGAGCACAUGACAGAGGAUAUGUUUUGCCAUGAGUUUCACCUUGUUGAUCUUAGGGUCAUGGAGAACUGUUUGAAGGUGACCCAAGGAGUAGACCAUGUGUUCAACCUCGCUGCUGAUAUGGGUGGAAUGGGAUUUAUUCAGUCUAAUCACUCUGUGAUUAUGUACAACAACACCAUGAUCAGUUUCAACAUGAUUGAAGCUUCCAGGAUCAAUGGAGUGAAGAGGUUCUUCUAUGCUUCUAGUGCAUGCAUUUAUCCUGAAUUUAAACAAUUGGAGACAAAUGUGAGUCUGAAGGAGUCUGACGCGUGGCCUGCUGAGCCUCAAGAUGCGUAUGGCUUGGAGAAACUUGCAACUGAAGAACUGUGUAAGCAUUACAACAAGGAUUUUGGCAUCGAGUGCCGUAUUGGAAGGUUCCAUAACAUUUAUGGUCCAUUUGGAACAUGGAAAGGUGGGCGGGAGAAGGCGCCUGCUGCUUUUUGUAGAAAAGCAAUCACUUCGACGGAGAAGUUUGAAAUGUGGGGAGAUGGGUUACAAACCCGUUCUUUCACUUUCAUUGAUGAAUGUGUUGAAGGUGUUCUUAGGUUGACAAAGUCCGACUUCCGUGAGCCAGUGAAUAUCGGCAGUGAUGAGAUGGUGAGCAUGAAUGAGAUGGCAGAGAUGGUUCUUAGCUUUGAGGAAAAGAAGCUUCCAAUUCAACACAUUCCUGGCCCUGAGGGCGUCAGAGGUCGUAACUCAGAUAAUACUCUAAUCAAAGAAAAACUUGGUUGGGCUCCAACAAUGAAACUCAAGGUGUGUUUUGAAUACCAACUAAAGCAUUCACCAUUACAUUUGGUUAAUUUCCUACUUUGUAUUAUGAUGCUUUUGAUAAUAAAAUGAUUUCCCUUUAUUGAAUUCCACAGGAUGGGUUGAGGAUUACAUACUUUUGGAUCAAAGAGCAAAUUGAGAAAGAGAAAUCGAAAGGCGUGGAUUUAUCUGUCUAUGGAUCUUCUAAGGUGGUAGGAACUCAAGCUCCAGUGCAGCUCGGCUCUCUUCGAGCUGCUGAUGGCAAGGAGUAACUUGUGUUUGAUUGCUUCUUGUGUAAUAUCUUUAUUAUAGUAGUCGCCACCUCGAAAAUUCUAGUAAAAUAAGAACUUCUGUUCCUGUUACCUGUUUAAGCUGGCCAUGGGUCGCCUGUAAUGCUGAGGAUGCAAUUUUUCCUAGGUUUAGAAUUCUGUUUCUGGAAUAUGCCUGUGUGUGAACUAGUGAUGCUGCAUUAUGUAAUUGUUUCUGUAAUGGUCAUUAUUGUUAUUGUCUAAGCUUUCUGGCUUUUAAUUCAAUUAUGUUCUCUCCAUUUUGGGAGCAUUUCCUAUAUUCUUCAUUUCCUUCUACUUGUCUAGAAAAGAGUUGUAGGUAAUGAACAUUCACAUCCCUUGAAGAUAAUUGACG